UUUGCAUAUGGAUGUGGCCUUAGAUUGUUGGGUACAUAUUUUCCUACACCCCCGCCCCCGCUUUUUCAUUUGAGAGGUUUUCAAAGCCGUUAAGAGAGUCUAUGCAACUCCCGGCCCGAUUGGCCGGCUGAUCUUGAGGAGUGAAGCACCUUCCGUGCUGGCGGGUGGGUGCAAGAAGGAGGAGGCUGAAGGCUCUUGUGUAGGGUAAUGCUCAAAGGACCCUCAUCACUGCACUGCGUUGGGAGGCAGGAAGGGCGCUCUGAAGUAGGGCGAGAAAGGGUCUGAAGAGGGGCGGCAGAGUCCAUCACACAAGGACUCAGAAACUUCAAUAAAAGACAAAGUGCAUCUUUGCCGGACAGUGUGGGAAAGGACAAAUCGGCAGAAGUAAAAGACCACCAUCUACAAGGGGGACCCCGAGCGUCUCAGCUUCUUGGAACACUCAAUACAGGCUUCCAGCCCGGAGCCAGGUAGAGCGGCCGCUACCUCCCCGGCAUCUGCAGAACCUGCUCCUCCAUGAACUUGCCUAGAGCUGAGCGCCUUCGCCCUACACCCCCGCGCCGCCUCCGGGGCUCCGAUGGGGAAGAUGGUGACAUCGAUAUCCUGGGAGAGGGGGAAGAUGAAGAGGAGGAGGAAGAUGAACCCGAGGGAAGUCAGCGGUUCCCAGAGCCUCUGCACCAGCCACAGCCGCAGGAGCCGCGGCAGGGGGCUGGCGCGCUUCCUGGAGAGCGCACCGAGAGCAGCGGCGGCCCGAGCAACUCUUCCGAAUUCUGCCCCAAGUUCGGGGUUUCGACCGGGUCUACAGCGGUCUCUCGGGACGCCCCGCACCCGGCGAAGCCCCCCUACUCUUACAUCGCGCUCAUCACCAUGGCCAUUCUGCAGAGCCCGCACAAGCGCCUCACGCUCAGCGGCAUCUGUGCCUUCAUCAGUGGCCGCUUCCCUUACUAUCGCCGCAAGUUCCCCGCCUGGCAGAAUAGCAUCCGCCACAACCUCUCCCUCAAUGAUUGCUUCGUCAAGAUCCCCCGCGAGCCAGGACACCCGGGCAAGGGCAACUACUGGAGCCUGGACCCCGCCUCCCAGGACAUGUUUGACAACGGCAGCUUCCUUCGGCGCAGGAAGCGCUUCAAGCGCCACCACCCACCUCCCGGAGCCCACCUGCACCACCCUUUCCCCCUGUCCGCUGCGCCCGCUGCUCUGCACGGCCCCUACCCGGGCAUGCUGCUUGGGCCCCCGGCCCCGCCACAGCCUGUCCCUGGGGCCUAUCCCGUCUCCACCCCUGGGAGCCGCCAGUGCGCGCUGCUACAUCCUCACCCCCUCCGCUACCUGCUGCUCUCCGCCCCGGCCUACGCUGAGGUUCUCAGGAAAGAGCAAGGCGCGGAUAUGGGGACCCCCGGCGCCCUUCCGGCGCUGCAGCCCACGUUAGACUCCCAGCCUUGGGAAGAGAGCAAGGGGCCGGCGUCGCGGCCAGCUGGCGGAUGCACCUCCUUCAGCAUCGAGAGUAUCAUGCAAGGGGUCCAGGGAGCGGGUGCAGGCGCCGCGCAGAGUCUGCCCCCGACCCCGUGGGGUUACUGCCACCUGCCGCAGCGUUCGUCGUGCCUGUCGGACAAUUUUGAAGCAGCAGCAGCAGGAUUGUACCAGCGGCUGCGCUCCCAGCAAGGGCGCUCUGCUGGGCCGUCACCUGUCCGCCACCGCGGCGCUGUUGGGGUGUCAGUCCGGAGCAGAGGGCUCUAGGCUGACGUCUCUGGUCGCCCUUUCGGGCGGAGAGGGGACCUCACCGGCCUUUUGAAUAGCACCACCAGUCCCGGAGCUGACUAAGUAAGGCGGACGGGGAGCCAACCAGGAGGGCGGAGCCAUCCGAGGUCGUCUUGUCCUCGCCAUGGCGCACUUCACUUUGCACACUAGGCUUGCGUGUAUCAGAAUCCUGCAGCCGGGCAACCACAAAUAUCGGUUCGUAUGGCGUCAGCGUCACCUCGCCAUUUCUUUUGCUGCCUCCAGUCCUGACUUCCAAGGCUUUUUCGAUUUGCACAUUUCCAGAGGAACUAUGAGGAGAA